AUGGACAACCCUCAAAUUGAAGCCGAGCCGGCGGAACCCCGCUCCAUCCGUCAACGCGUCAGAUCCGCGUGCAAGCCGUGCAAAGACCGCAAAAAGCGUUGCAACGGAGAAAACCCUUGUGAUACUUGCAUUGGAUUUGAAUAUGAAUGUCAUUAUGUUGUCUCAUCUCGGAAACGUCGGAAGAAAGACGACAGUGCCGCAAAACAACUAGAUGUUCCGGACCACAGCAACGGCAUCACCUUCCCAACACCUGCAAAGCCUGAAAAAGAGAGCCACAGCGAGCCGAUUCCAACGCAAAAUUGGGUCUCAAGGGAGGAAUAUUCAGGAAAUGCAUUCCCAAAGAUCCUAAUCGGGCGGUUGGACCCUGGGCAGAUGGAUAGACUGGCUAUACCGUGGAAUUUAGGGGUGGGACAGGAGUCUCAAGGCCCCAAGCAGGAUAUCAGCAGAAUUGUGACUCUGGACCAGAUGCUGGCCCUGGUCGAUGUGUAUUUCGAUACUGUCCAUCAAGUGUUUGGAUUCAUCAAUAAACAAUCUUUUGUGGACACAAUAGUUCACAGAUGGUCGGGAAAUUCGGCUCCCAAUUCCAGAGACAUAGUUCUUUCAGCAGUUGCGGCUCUUGGAUCAUUAUUUGACGCAGGAUGUCCACCCGCUUUAAGAGAAUCUAUUGCCAAUUUUGCCAAAGGCUUACUGGAAACUACGAAUGCUCGUAGCAGCCUUGAGGUAGCCGCCUGGCUCUUGAGGACUCUUUAUCUUCGCAUCACUUCUCAACCACACGCUGCUUGGAUUGCAAGCUGCACAACAAUGCACACCAUUCAAGCAACUGAUGUAGGUCAAACAUCCGACAGCGAUGUGGAUGGUGAUAUUAUCGAUAAAGAAAGACUCGUUUGGGUCUCUCGUGCAAGCAACUGCUUCAUUUCUAGGGAGUAUGGGCGGCCCACAGUGGAACUCGAAACAACUCUGGUGUCAUUCCCGACCUCGCGGCCCGGCGACUUCACCAAUGAUCUAGUUUAUAUGUAUCGAUUGUCGGAAAGACUUCACUCUGAUGAAUCCUAUACGGUGGUUGAUGACGAAGCCAGAAUCGCAGAGCUCUCCGCGUUUAAAUCUGAUUCUGAUGGCAUCAUCCUUUUCAAGGCUUACUUGGGUCUAAACCUUUAUCGUCGCCUUCAAUCGCGAUCAGUCACUGCUUCUGUAUCAUCGAAGACUGUGAUGUCCGUAAUAUCACUCGGGAAGGAUGGAGUGGAUGCAGCCCUCAGAUUCGCCAAGCGUCGACAACCCUGGUGGCAUGUAGCCAAUGUUACGUUCCAAUUCGUAUGCAUGCUACUAGUCAUUGAUACGAACACUUCUUUGCAACAUCUAGGAAGCGCCAUGAACGCCUUGCAAACGGUUGCCGAAUAUUUCCCUUCUCGUUCGUUGAGUGAAACGCUAGGUUUUCUGAGGACACUGGUGAAGCUCACUUGUGACCGGAAGAAAGCAGAGCUUGUUUAUUUGGAGGAGAGCUUGAAAGACAAACCGCGUGUAACAAAUCUCGAACAGGUCGGCCCAAUCCGUGGCAUAGCCCAGAAUGACCAGAAGCUCUCGGGAGAUACCUUCACCACCAACUUGAACUCAGAAGACUUUGUCAAUUUCGAUUGGGAUGCAUUCUUUAAGGCUGAUAUCCCAGUUUUGGACUAUUCAGUGAUAGAUCCAUAG